GGUCUCCUCGAGAACAUUUCGUUUAUCGCCGCUACUUAUCUUUCGUCACAAAGACUUCACGAACCUGGUCAUGGGCGGCCUGAUGAGCUACCUGUGGGGCGGAUCCGCGGCGGCGGCGGCCGACGACGACGACCCGGCGCUCGACGUGCCGGACCCGGUGCUGGGCGUGACGCCGCGCGAGAAGCGCAUGGUCACCGACUGCUGGGACAUCGUGCGCCAGGACGCCAAGGGCAACGGCACCGAGCUGCUGCUGCUGUUCUUUACCAACAAUCCUGAGGCGAAGAAGAGGUUCACCAGCUUCAAGGACGUGCCCAUAUCAGACCUGCGCACCAACCCCAAGUUCCACGCGCAUGCUAACAGCGUCAUGUAUGCACUGACUGCUGUUGUGGACCACUUGGAUGACCCUGAGGUCAUGAUUGAGAUGCUGCGCAAGCAGGGCGAGAACCACGGCCGAAGGAAGAUUACAGAAGCAGAGUUCUUGGCAUUGAAGAAGGAUUUCUUUCAAUUUCUGCUAGAGAAACUCAGUGCAAAGAUGACUCCAGAGUGCAUCAAAGCAUGGGAGAAAAUUGCUGAUGCAGCAUUUUCUACAAUGAUCAACUCUCUGAAUGAGGUCCAGAAAAGUCAGCAUGUUAUCUCUUGAGCAGACACCCAAAGCAGCUACAACAUUUCCAUGUGAAAUUCAGUGCUACACUCAACAGCGUUGUCACAAUUGGAGAGUUGUUCCUCAGACCACUUUUACGAUGUUUAUAAUUUUAUGACAAGACAAGGGGUCAAAUGAGAAUUCAGAGUGUUGUAACAAAGGCAUAUUUUCAUAACAUUUAAUACUGUGAAAGACUGUGUUGCAUGCCAUUGAUGUUAGCACAGCUGACAGAACUCUUCUUAUGGACAAAACCAAGGAAAAUAUUUUGGAGAAACAAGAAAAGACACUGCUUACACAAUCAUCUGUCAAAUGUGCAAUGUUUAAAUAAUCAAGAAUCACUAGUGAGGAGAUGAGUUUCACAUCAGGGUAAAUGGAUUUCAAAAAAGGGACUGAAGAGGAAUGAGAAGUGAGUCAAAUGUGAACCAUUUUAUCUAAAAAAGACAAUAUAUUUUGCACCCACUUCAGUGACAUGGCAAGGAUUUUUGCUCUGUGUACUUAGAUACACUUCUUGUGAAGGUGUGAUAUUCUGUAUAGAUUAAAAAUGGUAUUAAUACACAAGCAGUUUCAGUGACAAUCAGGAGAACAAAAUGCCUGAAAUAUCUACCUAACGAGAGAAUAUUUUGGAGUCUGAUACAACAGAAAUAAUUAGCUCCAAUUGGCUCUAGUGGUUCUGCUUCCUUACUAUCAUAUGAAGAAAGCAGAACAUGCCAUAAGCUGUUCUUACUAUAACAAAAUUUAGUUUAGUUUUAACAUUUUAAUACUUUAUCCAGCAACAUAUUUUGACUAAAGGACAUAACCUGUGUAAGCAAGAUUUUAUCAUCCUGGAAGUUUGUAUGCUUGGGUAUUAACUUUUAUCAGUAAUUACCUUGUUUAAUUCAUGUUGAAUUUGUUUACCUACAGGAUAAUGCUAUAGUACUUUAAUAAGAUGAUCCUUUCCUUUUUUGUUCCAUAUUUUUUUCCUUCGUAUGUCGUCACUGUUUUCACAGCAUAAAUUUUAUUGGUAUUACAGUAAAAAGCUGUGCAUUUAGUGCACAAUUUUUAUUAGUAGAAAAGUUUUCAUGAGUCUCAUAUACAUGAUAUUUGAUAUAGUUAUUGGUUUACAUGGACUAAUAUGAAAAAUUUUAAACCUGUGUUACUAUUAUAUUUUAUAAUAAUUUAAAAUGCUGGUAUAUUUAACUGUGGACUAUGUUCGGUGACUACAUUUUAAAAAAAUUAAUAAGAGAUGAAAAAGAUCUCUGAAUACACAAAAAUAAUGAUCCUAAACAGUUUUAAUUAUGGAAUUCAGCUUACUUACUGUUAUCUUUUGCUCACUUUUCAACCACACUUCCUUAAUAUCUACGGGCUUU